GCUGGUCCAUCGAGACACGAAGCGACAUUCAGAAUCCCUUCGUGUUCAGGUGAAAGGGGCGCGUCGCAAUGGACGUCACUUGCUGACAUCGAUCCAUCGGCAGACACCGAGACAGACAGACAGACAGACCGGCCCUCCAUCCAUGGUGCACAAGCGCUAUCUCCGUACGAGUGGUGCUGCCGUGUGACGUUGAGGAAAGGCGAUCGGCGCUGAACGGUUCCCGAGUGCUCACGUUAGGAGGAGCACUCGGGCGCCCUUCAACGCGGAGGAUCUAUACCCAAAAUCACUGUCGAGCGGCACACAAGACAGGAUGACCAAACCACACACACCCACAGAUAAAACCCUCACUCAGCUCUACACACAUCUCUCAUGCUGCCUCUCUUGGCAGACGCCACAUCACUUUCUCUCACCCCACCAGCAGCUGCCUGUACAAUCAACAUGACCCCCUGGUCCGAUACAUCACACGCCAUCCAUCCAUCCAUCCAUCCGUCAAUUAGUAGAAGCGGAUGGGUUUCCUGUGUUUGAUGGACUCCUCGAGCGCCCGGAUGUACUGCUUCUUCCAGGUGAUGCGGCCCGGCAGGUCAGAGUACUUCCGCUCAUACCGCCAGUCGGGCGUCAACAUGUACAUCGUCGCUGAACACACACACACAAAAUGAUGUGAGCAGCGGCUGAGUCGUCCCUUAGCGUGUGUGUGUGUAUGUGCGCACCUUUGCGCAGUGGCUUUAGGUCGAUGAGUAUCUGCUCGUGGUCGGCCCGGUACUUCUGCAGAGUGGUCUUCCACGCAGCCUUCUGCAGCGACUCGGUGUUGCCCAACCUACACAUAUACAAAGAAAGAGAGGGAAAAUGACGCUGCUCUCUGUGUGCAUGUGCCCGUCGCGUCACAAACAUACCGUUCGAUUUUGUGUUCGAGCAUCUUGAUCUGCUCCUCCAGUUUGAAGCGGCGGGUCUCGAGCGACUCACGCUCCUCCUGACACGUAGGCAGGCAGGCAGGCAACAAAGGCAACAGAUGGGCUUCCCAUGGCAUUCGUCUGUCUUGCUGUGUGUCGGUACCUGUUUCUUGAGCAUCUCCUUUGCCCGGAGGCACUGCUGGUGGAUCUCCCGUCGCGACAGCACAGUGAGGAUCCUCUUCAUCGACAUCUUCACCUGCACACACACACACACACAGACGAGCCGGUCGGGCUUUUGCCCCCCUUGCCAUGUGCCAGGUGUGGUGCUAUCUGUCGGACCUUUUUGAGUCUCCCGUGUCCCUCCAUGUUGAUGUUGUGUGCCCGUGCGGCGGCCUGCUCGCCCAUGAGCAGGUUCUUCUCCUUGAGCAGCACGAACCACAGCUUGUGCAGCUCCUCAAACGACUUGAGACGAAGCAAAGCUGCCGGCCAUGAAUCUCCCGUAUCUGGCACAAAGACGACCAACAAACAAAGGCACACAUGCAUUCACCUGUGAAGAUCCGCACUUGAAGUAAGCUAUUGUGCCUACUGACUGAGGUUUUCUUUGCGCUCCUUGAUGGGUGUGUCCGAGUCCCACAUGCUGCCCCUCCACAGCUCCUCGACGCCCCGUAGAGCGGGGCGGGCCGGGAAAAAGCGCCGCCGAACCAGCGACAAAGACAUACUCACUCACCGGUUCAAAGAUCAAGAUCACUCCUGCUGCAGGCGCUCCUGCCGCAUUCAGCC